UCUGCCUAUUCAGUGUCAAUUGUCUCGCUGUCCUUAAUUCUCAGGCAGUUGGAUUCGUGGAAGAAUAUUUUUAUGCACAAAUAAAUUGUAGUUAACUUAUUCAAGGGCAACUGAUUUUCUUAGAAUGGACCUGCAGUGAUGUUUUUUUGCAUCAGCAUGGAACAAAGAGGCGCGCAGGAUUGGGUGAGACGCUGUUUUCUCUGGUGCGUGGCUGCGGUGCUUUUGUGCAGCGUGACUUCGGCGCAAUUAAGAUACUCCAUCUCCGAGGAGGUCGAUGGAGGAACGGUAGUUGGGAAUGUUGCAAAAGACCUCGGAUUGGAUAGAAAUACGCUGAAAGAGCGCAAAUAUCGGAUUGUUUCAAGUACUCCGGAGCCUCUUUUUCAUGUGAGUGAGACCGACGGCGUUCUUUACGUCAGCAGGAAGAUCGACAGGGAAAAGGAGUGCCCGCAAAGCAGUACAUGUUUGAUCAACUUAAAAACCGUGCUCGAAAACCCACUUGAGGUCCACUAUGUUGGAGUGGAGGUGCUGGAUGUAAACGACCAUUCGCCCAGUUUUCCCGAGGAAGAAACAAAGCUAGAUAUUUCAGAGUCAGUGUUGCCUGGUGCAAGAUUUCAGCUGCCGGCUUCUAAGGAUGGAGACACUGGUCAAUUUUCUGUUCAGCAAUAUAAACUGAGUGACAAUGAUCAUUUUCGUUUGGAAGUUAAAGACAAAGGAAAAGAUGGGAAAAUUCCCAUACUGGUUGUGAAAAAAUCUUUAGACAGGGAAAAAACAGGGCAUUUAUCAUUAGUGUUAACUGCAUUGGAUGGAGGUAAACCUCAGAAAACCGGUGAAAUUAAUAUUUCAAUAAACGUGAUUGAUGUGAAUGACAAUGUUCCUGUUUUCUCCCAAGAAGUUUAUUCUGUGACACUGAAUGAAAAUGCUGUAAUUGGAACAACCGUUAUACAAGUAAAUGCAACUGAUUUAGAUGAAGGCCCAAAUGGAGAAGUAAUUUAUUCCUUUAGCAAGAAUAAUCAAAAUAUAAUGCAUUUGUUCGACAUAAUUGCAAAUAGUGGUGAGAUUGUGGUGAAAGGUCUAAUAAAUUAUGAGGAUAAUGACAUGUUUGAAAUUGAAAUCCAAGCAUCAGAUAAAGGUCUUGCACCACUAACAACAGAAAAAAGUGUCAUCAUCAAGAUAGUUGACGUUAAUGACAAUGCACCUGAAAUUGAAGUGACGUCAUUUUCCAGUUCCAUUCCUGAAGAUUCCAGACCGGGAACAACAGUUGCUCUAAUUAAUGUGAACGAUUUUGAUUCUGGCCUCAAUGGAAAAGUAAUUUGCUCCAUAAAUGAAGAUGUUCCUUUUACUUUGUCACCGUCAUUACAAGACAAAAUGUUUUCUUUAGUGACCAAAUCACCUUUAGACAGGGAGAAAAGGUCCCACUAUGAUAUAACAGUAGUUGCAAGAGAUGCCGGUCAACCUGCACUCUCAUCUCAAAAGACAAUCAGUGUUUACAUUUCAGACGUGAACGAUAACUGUCCCGAGUUUUCAUCCAGUCCUUACACUUUCUAUGUCACCGAGGGCAACGAUGCAGGCGCCGCCAUCUUUUCUGUCAAAGCCUCUGAUCAAGAUGACAAUGAGAAUGCUGUUGUUUCAUAUCACAUUCUCAGAAAUUAUAACACGCUGUCUUCAUUUUUAAGUAUAAAUAGUGACAAUGGACAGAUCUCGGCCCUAAAAAGUUUUGACUUUGAGACGCUGAAAAGUUUCCAGUUCCAAGUGGUGGCCAGAGAUGGUGGAAGUCCUCCACUGAGCAGCAACGUGACAGUGAAGGUGUUCAUUCUGGAUCAGAACGAUAACGCUCCAGUAAUCCUGUAUCCAGUCAGCUCCAACGGUUCUGCCCAAGGUGUGGAGGAGAUUCCCCGCAACAUCAAAGCGGGAGACUUGGUGACCAAAGUUCGAGCCUACGACGCCGACAUCGGCUAUAAUGGCUGGUUGCUCUUUUCGCUGCAGCGAGUCAGCGACCACAGUCUGUUUUCUUUGGACCGCUACACGGGCCAGAUCAGAACACUUCGGUCGUUAACGGAGACGGACGAGGCUGAGCAUCGCCUGGUCGUCCUGGUCAAAGACAACGGCAACGUGUCGCUCUCGGCAACAGCUACGGUGACCGUCAAACUCGUGGAGCCCAAAGAGGCUUUUGCGGCUUCUGACGUGAAAAGUGCAGCCGCGGUAGACGAGGAGGACAAUGUGACUUUUUACCUGAUGAUCACUUUGGGCUCGGUGUCGCUCCUUUUUGUCAUCAGCAUUGUGGUGCUGAUUGCCAUGCAGUGCUCCAAAUCCACUGAGUACACUUCCAAAUAUCUGCAAGAAACCAAUUAUGAUGGCACACUCUGUCACAGCAUCCAGUACAGAUCGGGAGACAAACGCUACAUGUUAGUUGGACCCCGAAUGAGUAUCGGCUCCACCAUAGUACCGGGCAGCCAUGCCAACACGCUGGUGCUCCCUGACAGGAGACAUACUUCUGGCGAGGUAAGUUUUUUUUUUACUUGCAGCUGCUGA